AAAUAAGUGAAAUCGAAAGUUCAACAAGGAAACACAUCAAGACAAAAAGAAAAGGCGGAAGCAAGGCGAAAGCUGAGGUGCCAUUCUACUGCACUAGUCAAGCCAUAUUUAAUGUCCAGCUGAACUUGAAAUAUCCACGAUUUCAACCAUGCCAAAAUCCCCCGUUAUUAAAAUAAGCAAGGAGAACGCCGGCAAGUUUGAAAACUUCCGCCAGUCCCUCCUGCAGCAGGCAGACGACCUGUUUUCCAGUCGCAUUCCUCUGAAGAUAUGUCAGCUGGACAGCUUGCUCAAGGAGGCGGACUUCUGUGUGUCGGACCUCUCCACCCUCCAUGCCCCCCUGGACAUCCCUAUCCCAGACCCCCCUGCCCCUGAAGAGGAGGAAAUGGAGAUUGACAGUAAGGAAGAGGAGGAGAAGAAAAAGAAAGCUCCAGCCUGUGGCUACAUCCGGGUGAACGAGCAGAUUGUGGGGCUGCUGGACAGAGUGAAGCCUGAGAUCCGCACGCUGAAGGAAACCUGCAUCGUGGUCUCCUGUUGGAUUCAGCUCCUCAUUCCCAAAAUUGAGGAUGGCAAUGACUUUGGAGUCUCAAUCCAGGAGAAGAUCCUGGAGAGGAUCACGGCAGUGAAGACCAAGGUGGAAGGCUUUCAAACCAACAUCAACAAGUAUUUUACGGAGAGAGGCGAUGCGGUGGGCAAGGCGUCAAAGGAGAGGCACGUGAUGGACUACCGUUCCCUGGUGCACGAGAGAGACGAGGCAGUGUAUUCGGAGAUCAGAGUGAUCCUCCUGGACAUCCGCGGCUUCUACGCCGAGCUGUAUGACAUCAUCUUUAAGAACCAGGACAAGGUCACCAAUCCGAAGGGAGAGGAGAAGCCCUCAAUGUACUGAGAGAGAGAUAGGGAGAGUGGGAGAGACAGAGCGAGCAAGAGAGACUGUUUGGGAAAGAAAACAUAUGUCAAUCCAAACUUCCCAUGUCUGUCAGUGAUGCACUGUAGUACCCAGGUUUAUACAAACAGACACGCAAUCAAUCGAAACUCCACAGUCAUAGUGAGUGAGCAUGCUUCCUGUGUAUAAGGUCAUUACAUUUUUUUGGUCAUAGCAGUAAAACCACAGCCUGUCAA